AUGCUAAGGUUAAAGUUUAUACUAAGACUUCAAUCGCUAAGGCUAAGGUUAAAGCUAAAGCUAAGGCUAAAGGCUAAGGCUAAAACUCAUGUCAAGGUUAAUGCUAAAGUCAAAGUUUAGACUAAGACUUCAAUCGCUGACGCGAAGCCUUAAACAUAGAAGUAAAGUUGUAAUUGGGAUUAAACUUAAGCCUUAACGUCAGGCAUAAACUUAAGCUAUGGUUUUGCACUCCUAAACUCAAAUUAAAUAAAAUCGACCGGUAAUUUAAACAAAACCAAUAAAAUCAAUGAAGUCAUGAUACCCCGAAGAAAAAUGAAGUGAUAUCCCAGCACUCGCAGUCAUUCGUUGGGUCGUUUUACACCGAGGCAAGUAUUAAAAAAAUCAUAAAUAUUACAUAAGAAAAAGUUGCGUAAUACGGUUUCUUGCAAUUUCUUUGAGGCUAUGUUGUUGUAGCAUCUAAAUUAGGUAAUUGCGCAAAAAUUGAUUAAUUUUUAGACCUCAAACUAUAUUAGGUCGUUCACUUAAUUCUGCGCCUCAUAACUAGCAAUUAGCUUACAAAGAAGAGCAGAAUUCAGUGAAUGACUUAAUAAUACAGAUUAUGCAUUAGCUUUGACUUAGGCGUAGGCUUAAACUAAAGAUCAUGCUUGAGGCUAGGCUUUAGUUUGAACUUAAGGUAGGCUUACACACAUUUUUGUCUCCUGGCAUAUAAAAAAAAUUGAAAUUUUACCAAAGGAAAAUACAAAAAUUACGCUUCAUGACGUUCUAUUUAUCUUUAACACAACGUGCCAUAGCUCUAUUGACAGUGAAAUGAAAAGUAAACAGUUAAAUUAUUUGUGUACCCUGCCUUCAACCCUUUUUACUUUGUUUUUCUAAACUGAUUUUAAGUAUUUUUAUUUUAAAAAACACAAAAAAAAAUUAUUUUGAAAUUUUUAGUAUACGUACUAUGUAGUACCAUUUUUACAGUACUAAGAAAAAGAUACUAAAACAUAAUUUUUCAACUGAUUUUGCUAUUUUUAACACUAUGAAAUACCAAAACCAGAAAAGCAAUUUUCAAGAACAGCCAUUUUAAAAUUAAAUGCCAAGAGUUCAUUUCGCCAAAACCAUCGUUUUAUCUUGAUGACAAUGCAAAGUACUAAACGGAUUUGCUUUGUCUCUGAGAUUCUUUCAAAUUUUUUGCAAGAUUAACAAAGCAGUAAUUGGUAGAUACGCAAAGCGAUUAUUUGGUAACAAUUACUAUUUCAUCAUCAAAAUAUUGCAAUAUUAGUGUAUUUCAGCACGUAUUAUUAAAAAAGGUUGACAAUAUGUUUUUUUAGCUGCAGCCUAGCCUCAGCCCUAGCCUCAGCCCUAGCCUUAGCCCUAGCCUCAGCCCUAGCCUCAGCUCUAGCCUCAGCCCUAGCCUCAGCCCUAGCCUCAGCCCUAGCCUCAGCCCUAGCCUCAGCCCUAGCCUCAGCCCUAGCCUCAGCCCUAGCCUUAGCCCUAGCCUCAGCCCUAGCCUCAGCCCUAGCCUCAGCCCUAGCCUCAGCCCUAGCCUCAGCCCUAGCCUCAGCCCUAGCCUCAGCCCUAGCCUCAGCCCUAGCCUCAGCCCUAGCCUCAGCCCUAGCCUCAGCCCUAGCCUCAGCCCUAGCCUCAGCCCUAGCCUCAGCCCUAGCCUCAGCCCUAGCCUCAGCCCUAGCCUCAGCCCUAGCCUCAGCCCUAGCCUCAGCCCUAGCCUCAGCCCUAGCCUCAGCCCUAGCCUCAGCCCUAGCCUCAGCCCUAGCCUCAGCCCUAGCCUCAGCCCUAGCCUCAGCCCUAGCCUCAGCCCUAGCCUCAGCCCUAGCCUCAGCCCUAGCCUCAGCCCUAGCCUCAGCCCUAGCCUCAGCCCUAGCCUCAGCCCUAGCCUCAGCCCUAGCCUCAGCCCUAGCUUCAGCCCUAGCCUCAGCCCUAGCCUCAGCCCUAGCCUCAGCCCUAGCCUCAGCCCUAGCCUCAGCCCUAGCCUCAGCCCUAGCCUCAGCCCUAGCCUCAGCCCUAGCCUCAGCCCUAGCCUCAGCCCUAGCCUCAGCCCUAGCCUCAGCCCUAGCCUCAGCCCUAGCCUCAGCCCUAGCCUCAGCCCUAGCCUCAGCCCUAGCCUCAGCCCUAGCCUCAGCCCUAGCCUCAGCCCUAGCCUCAGCCCUAGCCUCAGCCCUAGCCUCAGCCCUAGCCUGA